CGGGCCAACGCCUGUGCAAGGCUGUUGGGUAGUUUGAAAGUCCUGGGAUCCAGUCCGUCCUGAGCUGGGAGUCCUGUAAUUAGUCUCGUCACGGUUUUUGCGACCCACUCAGGCUGACGCCGCUAGGUUUGCCAGCGCGCAUCCUCCAACUCUGGGAAUCACCAAAUAGAGUGUUUGGCCUGAAGCCGCGGGUAGUUCGCUCAUGGAUGACCUUCAGCUUUCUUCGAAUGAUCACGGGUUCGACGCCGAGUUGAUUCUUUCCGAACCAUCAUCUUCUCCAGAGCAGGAUGUCACAAUCCAAUUCUCGCAUCAACGCUUCGUACCCCCAUACUUUCUGAAACCGGAAUCUGGGGACCAUCCAGAGAUCGCCCCCUUUCUUACUGAAGAGCCUUGUACCUCGCCCAGCCUUAUCAAACGUUCUCUGGGUUUGAGCAAGGCGUCAUUUUCAUCCCUCACAUAUUCUCGGCAAGGAAGUUCCAGCAACAUCCUUUCCACAAACCGUGGAGGAGUCGAUUCACAAUAUAUCUCAGACUCCUUUAUUCCGCCGCUUUCCGAAAUGUCCUUACGCGAGCAGGGAAGUUCAAGCGAUCUCCGCAAAGGCAAAAUGAAGAGCAGAAUAACCGAUAUGCUCAAGAAGUCGCGCAGCCGGGGAAGGCUCUCCUCAGACACCGGCUCGUCAUCCCAGAUGACUUCGAUUUACUCCAAUGCCUCCGAUUCAACAGACACUUUCAUGAACCUCGUCGUUCCACAAGGACCCAAGAAAGACAAGAAGGAGAAAGGGCGACAAUCAAAGGGAAGACCACUCCCCAACAUACCAACAACUCCUCCAAUGUCCCUCGCAAAAGGUGAUGAAUUGAUGAAGAUCGACCUUGACUUUGGGCACAUGGAGGGUAUCGUCGAUACGUCCCUUUCUGGGCAGAAUGUUGCACCAUCGAAUGUUUCUCCAUCAAGUGCAGUCGACCCAAGCACUGCCAGUACUUCUGGAAGUAGCUUACAACCGCCCCCAUCACCCAUCCUCUCCUCUUCCUUCGUGUUCUGCAAUCCCCAUCCGUUUUCUUCCACUUCUCCUACCAGCAAGCGAAAAGCUUUCAUUGAUAAUCGAAAGUUGUCACCAAAGAGUUUGCCCUCUUCAGUUGUACCAGAGGAGGCAGACACGCCCGGAGUCGCUGUCCAUGGAAACAUGUGGACUCCUCCGGAGAGCUGGGCUGUCGAGAAGGACGGUGAGGAGGAGGCAGAUGUAGGGGGCGACUCAAGCUCCGAAGAGAGCUCAAGAGAUGCCACAUCGUCUUUCAACAGUUCAGGUCUUAGUUCGAAGCGCAAAUCCCGCCGAAAGACCACCUUCCCACGUAAGGUGCCCUCUCGCGGCAGCAAUGACCGCGUCCGCGUUCGAAUAUAUCGCGCGGACGGAUCAUAUCACGUCGCUCCUAUCUCGAUACAUUCCACCGUAGCGGAGCUCACCCCAUUGCUUAACCAGAAGCUAUUUGCGCACAAGGAGCGUGAGACACAUAAACUGUAUCUCAAGGAGAGGGGACGAGAGCGUGUAUUGGCGCCCACCGAGAGGCCAGCUGCCAUUGUAAUUCGCCGGUUGGAGCAGGCGGGAUAUGACCAAGCGGACAGUCUUGCUUUUCUCGGUGCAGAAGACAUGACUUUCCUUAUGAAAUUUGUGUAUAAAAGUCAACUUCUCGGUCCAGCAGCUGAAGAGCUCACGUUUGAUGCAUUCGACCUGGUCGACCUGACAGGCUGUAGUCUACCCACCAUACCCAUCGUCUUCCAUCAAAACGCUGGCUCAAUCGUAUACCUCAACCUCUCACGCAAUCCAAUGGUGGAGAUACCCCUGGAUUUUAUACAGUCCUGUACGACUCUCCGUGAUCUCAAAUUGUCCAGCAUGGCGAUGAAGAAAGUGCCUCAGAGUGUUCGGCACUCCACCAGCUUACAUCGGCUUGACCUGUCGUGUAAUCGCAUCGUGGAUUUGGACGAUGCUGGUCUCGACCGCAUACCUGAGCUCUCAAGCUUGAAGCUCCAGAACAAUAGGAUAGAGCAGCUGCCCUGGUAUUUUCCCCGCCUCAAGUUUCUAAACUUCCUAAACAUCUCAAACAACAAGUUUGUGAACGUGCCUAGCGUCAUAUGUCAGCUGCCCUGUCUUGUUGAGCUCGAUAUGUCUUUCAACAUGAUCACUGAACUUCCAGAGGAGAUCGGUCGCCUCACUACUCUCGAGCGCCUGAUUUUGAUCGGAAACCAGGUGGCCAAAUUACCCGAAGAAUGCAGGAAUCUUGUCAACCUACAGUUACUCGACUGUCGAAGAAAUAACAUAUCUGACAUUUCCAUCGCCUACACCCUACCCAAACUCCACACCCUCUAUGCUGAUCACAAUUUCGUUCACGCCCUUCAUCUAUCCAUUGGUCCCAGCCUGUCAGUUCUGGACGCCUCCCACAACGAUAUCACGUUCCUCAAAUUCGCUCCUAGUUCUCCAUCACAAAUAUCGCACACCCUCACACUGCUCGAUGUCUCUUAUGCCAAGCUCUCCUCUCUUGAUGCAUUCGACUUCUCUCAGCUCCCUGCCCUCCAAACUCUGAAACUCGACCACAAUGAACUCCACACGCUUCCGGACUCCCUCGGCGAACUCUCCCAUCUCAUACACCUUUCUUGUUGCAACAACAAACUUGUCUCUUUGCCCUCCACUAUCGGCCUCCUUCAGCGCCUAGAAACCCUUGAUGCCCAUAACAAUAGUUUGACGGAGCUACCUGUAUCCCUCUGGAAUUGCGCGUCGCUAAUACAUAUCAACGUCACCUCCAAUUUGCUCGCUACUUGGCAUGAUCCUCCCGGCGAUAACUUAGUUGCACCGGCGCCAUCUGGAAUAACUCUCGAGAUCCCCUCCUUAUCAUCAUCACCCUCCCGAGCCGGUCACAUUCCAAGAAAGCCCUCGAAUGCUGCAUACACUAUGUCAAUACACAAUGCACCCGGUCGAGCACUUCCACCUCUCGCUUACUCUCUUGAGCGACUCUCCAUCGGAGAGAACCGUCUGACAGAGGAAGCGAUCCCUCCGUUCACCAUCCUCAAGGAGCUUCGCGUCCUCAACUUAUCCUUCAACGAGAUCCAAGAACUACCGUCUUCCUUCCUCCGAAAUCUACAGCAGCUGGAGGAACUGUACCUCAGUGGUAACCAGUUAACGAGUAUCCCCACCGAAGACCUUGUGAAAAUGACCAGAUUGUCGGUGUUGUACUUGAACGGGAACAAAUUCCAGACGCUCCCCGCUGAACUGGGAAAAAUACCAAGUCUGACUAUCAUUGACGCCGGCAGCAAUUUGUUAAGGUACAACAUUCACAAUUGGGAGUUUGAUUGGAACUGGAAUUUCAAUUGUAACUUGAAGUACCUGAACCUGUCAGGGAAUAAGAAAUUGGAUCUCAAGCAGAACAACGGUGGAAAACGCGUGGUGGAUGAACACGGAAGGGUGCUUUCCGACUUCUCUCGACUAUCUCAGCUCCGUGUUCUCGGGUUGAUGGAUGUCAUGACCACUUUCCUUCCCAAUAUUCCUGAAGACUCUGAUGAACGACGUGUUCGUACUUCUCAGACGGAAGUCAACGGAAUGUCAUACGGCAUCGCCGACACCAUUGGGAGGAACGGGUACCUAACCACGCUCGAUCUCGUCCUGCCCGAGUUCGGAGGGAAGAAAGAUGAGGCGCUGUUCGCAAUGUUUGGGCGUACCAGAGCUUGUCCUGGCAACAACACUCUGUCGAAGUAUCUGCACGACAAUUUUGCUUUUGUCUUCAACGAACAGCUUUCUACCCUGAAGAAAGACCAGAAGGGAGAGCGAAGGGAUGGCGUACCGGACGCAUUGAGACGCACAUUCCUGAAGCUGAACAGACAGCUCCACGACAAGCUCUACUCACAGCCAUCUCGUAAGAUGUCCCAAGUCAGCACAUCUACCACCGGUCCUUCUGGACCCGAUUCUUCUUACCUCCGACAAGGUGCCUCUGGCAUCGUUGUUUAUGUGGUCGGCCGAACACUGUAUGUUGCUAACGUCGGGCAUGCUCUUGCUGUCAUCUCGAGCCAAGGGAAUGCAGAACUCAUUUCCAGGAAUCACGACCCUUACGACCGGGAUGAAGCGAGGCGCAUCCGGCUCGCAGAGGGCUGGAUAUCGCCGACAGGGCUCAUCCAUAACGAGGUUGACACCUCUCGAGCUUUUGGAUACUAUCAUGAUUUUCCCGUUGUCAAUGCACGACCUGACAUCUACGUGCGCCAGCUAACUGAGCUCGACGAGUUCGUGAUCAUUGGCAACCGCGGACUCUGGCAGUACAUAUCCUACCAGACCGCAGUCGACAUCGCUCGCUCGGAGGCAUCUGACCCAAUGAUUGCGGCACAGAAGCUACGUGACUUUGCCAUAAGCUAUGGCGCGGACGGGAACACCAUGAUCAUGGUAAUAUGCGUCGCCGACCUCUUCCGCUCUCGACAGCCGAUGACGGACUCGCUGGUGGAUCCAGAGGUAUAUAAUUCUCUCAGUAAAAAGAGGGCAGGGAAGAAAGCGGAUAUAGUUGAUCGCACCAUUGCUCGCUUAGAAGGAGAGGUUUCGCCACCCACCGGGCAUCUCUGCUUGGUAUUCACCGACAUUCGCAAUUCAACACAAUUAUGGGAACAAAACCCAGGCAUGCCCACAGCAAUGCGUCUGCACAAUAACCUAUUGCGACGACAUCUUCGAACUUGCGGUGGUUACGCUGUCAAGACGGAAGGCGACGCAUUCAUGUGCUCCUUUCCGACUACCCUUGCCGCGAUGUGGUGGUGCCUCACCGUUCAGGUGCAACUUCUGCGCGAAUCCUGGCCGCUGGAGAUUUUGGAGUGCGACGAAGGCAAAGAGGUGUAUGAUGAGCAUGGACAACUUCUUGCACGUGGCCUUUCAGUCCGUAUGGGCGUCCACUGCGGAACCCCAGUGUGCGAACCAGAUCCUAUCACUGGUCGCAUGGAUUACUUCGGACCCAUGGUCAUCCGAGCCGCUCGUAUAAGCGGGAUCGCGUUGGGUGGGCAAAUCAAGUGCAGCGCCGACGUUGUUCGCGAGCUGAAUGCCAAGAUCUUUGAGAUGGGUCAGGACACGGAGUACUCAGAGUCUCAGCCAACUCAGGCUGUCGAGGCGAUCCGGCAAAUGCAGAUAGCCCUUGUCCCUGCGGGGGAAAUCAAGUUGAAGGGGCUGGAGAUUCCGGAGAUAGUUUCCCUCGUCUACCCAGCAGCCCUUUUAGGCCGUGACUUGCAGGCGUCUGGCUCGCAUCUGAGCACAUCCACUUCCACAGCUCGAGUCCAGCUCAGCAUCACUCAAGUCAGAGACUUGGCUAUGCUAUGCCUGCGGAUUGAGGCUCUGGCUUCGGGCCGCAUCUUUCGUCCUCGCCUCGAACGGAAAGAGUGUGUAUCUGAGCUCCCAUCGGAGCCUCUCUCCGACGAAGACGUUCUGGAGCCUUCAGUGAUGUACGGUGAUCCAAACUUACUUCUCCCCCCGAUGAACGACAAAACAUCUGAUCUAGAGAUCAUGAUGCAUCUCGAUUCGCUUUCCUCGCGGCUUGAGAACGCUGUUGCGUGUCUAGCUCUCAGGAAAUUAUCUGACAAAUCUUCCGCCAUUGUGACAGCUCUAGAAGGCCAUGAGGGUAUUGACGAACAGACGCUUCAUUUAAUAACUUCGUUGUUGGCUCGCUGUUGACAUUUUUAUUGUGAUUCCUAUGUCUCCUUUUUACUCCUCAGCUGCAUCACUGUACUGCAUUUGCAUUCAAACACGUAUAUAUUACCUGCACUCCCUUGUUAUGCAUAUUAAUAGUCUGUACAAUUUUUAUACCAGUUCGUCUCUGCACUACUGAAGGUGAAUAACAUUCAUACGAUUGAUUGAA